AUGGCAUUGCCGCUGCCGCCGGGGCUUACGCCCCCUGAGAUUGCCUUUCUGUGCGAGAUGGAGCUCGUCACGGUGAUACCGCGACAGAGACUUGAAGGGCUCGAGCUACUAGGAGGCCCUCUAAAGCCGCUCAAUCCUCCACAAAGAACCUCUGUGCCGCUCUGGCUCGCCCUGCUCCUAAAGCGCCAGCGUCGCGCCAACAUCCUCCCUCCGCCGUGGCUCUCGCCCGAAUCCUUGACCGCGAUAUUGGACCACGAAACCGAGUACGCCGAUGCCUUCUCUCCGCCUCCACGGUUACCGCCUCUCGCCUCGAAUAACACGCUUCCCUUCUCCCCGCCCUUCCUCCCUAGCUCGACAGCAGACGCUGCGCCAGAUGCUCUACCAUACCACUGGUUAGAAUUGGGGGAGAUGCUACUAGAAGCUGCGGCGGAUGAUUUUGAGGAUCCUGAUAAUGUGCGCAAGCUGCUACGAGGGCUCCGAGAGGUUAGAAUGGCGAAACUGAGGCACGGCGUGGAAGUCUUAGAUGCUGGAGGCGGGGUACCGAUGAAUGGAGUUGGAGGAAUGGAGGUGGGAGAAGGGAGGGCAUUUGUCACGGGUGUCAUUGACGGCUUGAGGAAAAUCGCCGCAUCACGAGAACAGCAGAAGAAAGACCGGGAGCGUGAGGAAAGAGAAAAUGGAUACUCCGACUACGACAAUGACGAGAUGGACAUGCAAUGA